AUGGGGUCUACCGUUUUCGGCUGCGACGUUGUGGGGGAGCUGAAGAGAAUGAAUGGUCGACAACUAUUUUACCAAAUACUGACAUUCGCUAUGGUUCUUUCUUCUGCGCUAAUGAUAUGGAAGUCACUUAUCGUUAUUACAAAUAGCCCAAGCCCUAUUGUUGUGGUUCUGAGCGGAAGCAUGGAACCGGCUUUUUAUCGAGGCGAUCUUCUCUUUUUGACAAAUUUUAAGUCAGAGCCUUUGAACGUUGGGGACAUUACUGUCUUCAAGAUUGAUGAUCGUGAAAUUCCAAUUGUACAUCGGGUCCUGCGUAUUCAUCAGUCAAAUAAUGGGACCGUGAAGUUUCUGACUAAGGGUGACAAUAAUGCCGUAGAUGAUCGAGCUUUGUAUCCUCAGGGCCAAGACUGGCUUGAAGAGAAGCAUGUUAUGGGCAAAGCAAAAGGAUUUCUCCCCUACAUCGGUAUGGUAACAAUAAUAAUGAACGACUACCCAAAACUGAAGUACGCUGUGAUUGGAUCGCUGGGGGUCUUCAUGCUGAUUACUCGUGAACAGUAA